ACAGUACCUGUUGAACUCGGUUCGAGUCGCGUAGAGCAUCCGAGCAGGCUGGGCAUGCCUAAGAUACCUAGCGGGACAUUCACCGACCACACAGGCGAACCGACCCCGGCUCCCAUCCUCAAACGCAAUCAGGCAUGUCACCAAUGCAGACGAAGGAAGCUUAAAUGUGACGCACGGCGACCUUGCUCAACCUGUGUUCGGUCACACAAGAACACUGUCUCCCAUGCUCCUCCAGGUGCAGAGGUGCCGCCCCUUGAAUGUACAUUUGACGAAGUCCAGGAGAACGGCGCUCAGCCCCAUUCCGCGCCAAAGAAUAGAUACGAGAGGCUCGAGAAUCGAAUAAAUGAGCUUGAAGCACUUCUGCGCCAGAAAGAAGAGGAGGAGGAGCAUCCACGGCCGUCAAUAUCUACCAAUACCUCCGCACCCGCAAUCCUAUCUCUUACAGGACAGCCUAUAAACAGCUUUUCAGACUCCUCAAACCAAGAGUAUAUUAACACGUUACCCUACAUUCAGAAGCCGUUUUCACCUCUAAUACCGGCGCAUAUUUCUCCUAUUUCCACUCCUCCGCUAAACUUCGCGACCGACAGUGGAAGCGAUUUGCAAAAUGGUACUAAUCAAGCUACACAAGUACUUUGGCCAAACUGGCCCCACAAUCUGCCUGCUUUUCCCCUCUUACAGCAUCUCGUGGAAGUCUUCUUUGCUUUUCAUCCUCAUGCUGGCCGACUGUUUCAUGGACCGACUUUUCUGGCCUCAUUAACUUUGCCGUCGACCCAUUCUAACUUUCCCCAUACUGCCAUUUUACACGCGAUAUGUGCGGUUGGAAGCUUUUACACUAGCGCCGUCGAUCCCCCUCCCCUACCGAACUUUGCAGAGACCCCAGCAGAUGACCUCUUCCAAAGCGCAUAUAAACGACGGAAAGCCUUACCUGACUCUUUCGGCGAAAUACACGCGAAGUUUGCUGCUGCUGCAAUUGACGAAAGCACGACAGUUGGUGAACGCCUCUUCGAGUGCCAGCAAGCAACCACCGCACUUUGUUGGUUUUAUCACACGCAUGCAAAAUGGGCAGACGUAUUUUUGACAAGCGGUCGUGCAAUGAGAUACCUGAUCCCUUUGGGCUUGAAUAUGUGCCCACCGUUUCAUUCCAUUUCCAAAUGCCUUCGGGCGCCAUCCAUUAUCGCUCCCGCAAAGACCGUAAUAGAUGACGAAACGCGGCGGAACACAUUUUGGCUGACCUAUGCAACAGAGAGGUUUUAUUCCUCGGGAAAUGGAUGGGCCAUGAGCUUAGAUGAUCAGGAUAUUUCACAGUUACUCCCUGUUCGAGCUGAUCAAUUUGAGCAAGGCAUUCUCGUGCCACCAAAGGACCGACAAUGGGCUCAUAGCCCUGACAUGCUCCUCACGCAUCCCCCAGAGCAAACCGACUCAUUCGUCUUGUAUAUAAAAUCAUCAAUCGUUUUAUCUCGUGUAAAGAACUUUAAUUUACGGUUUCGUGCGAAGAACUUUGCAGGAGAACCAGACAUGGUUAACUCCCUAGGUUCGCUGCUCAGCGAAGAUUACUGUGCAAAUGCACAAUACAUCGACCCACGACAGACCUCAGGCUUCAAGAAAAUGGACCAUUUGGUGUCAGCUUUUACAUCGAGUUUUCCCAAAGGAUUCAGAGAUGCCACGCAGGAUGGAGUCGUCGACAUGCAUCUGCUUAUCGCUCAUCUCGCCCCAAGCGUUGCAAAAAUUCUACUGCAUGACCCGCAUGUCGACUUGAAAAGGAAAGGAUGCGUUUCCGCUCAGAGGAUCCUAGAGGCCGCUCGUGCAAUUCUUGACCAACUGUAUGCAAUAUGGGCAACUAGUUUCGACCUAACUCUGCUGGACAAUUUCUGCUGCUUUGCUUUCUUCAUGGCCGGUAGAGUCCUGUCGCGCAUCCUUCAUGAAGCAAAGCAGAGGGGAGAUCAGGUUCAGUCGCAGACGGUGCGAACCGAACUUGAAUAUAUUCGCAUUGCUCUAGCUAAGAUCGGAACACGUAUUCCAUUGGCAUAUCGAUAUGCAAAGAUGCUCGAUGAUAUUAUUUUGCAAACCGCUGGAAUACUAGAUGAUGUCAUGCUACCCAACUUCCAAAAUCCAGCAUUCCCAAUGAGUCCUGGUUAUUCGACAAUUUCGGUACCGAAUGGCGGCGCGAACGGUCUUGAUUUUCUCAUGGGGAUUGGUAUUCCGCCCGAGAUAUACGAAUAACUGAUACAUUUUGAUUUCUUCAAUUUAACUUGUAGACUAUAUUUAGGUCUAAUCGGGUUCGAGUGCUUUUUGUCCAGUGCUAUCGGUAUUUUGUCUCUUGUAUGUACUACUACUACUAGACUUC